AUGACGAGGUGGGGCAGGCAGGUGGAGAAGGCUUUGGCUCGGCCCUUGGUGGAUGGAAACUUCAGUGCCGCCCAGAAGAUGUUGAUGCAGAGUGGACAUUCCAAGCUCUGGGCAGAGGUGACCCACAGCCGGUUGUUACAGGUCUUGAUCCGCUGCACAAAAGGUCAGAGGCUGCAGCUGUUUUGGUUGUGGGGCCAGUAUCCCACCUGCACUUCUGAGUUCUUCCUUAAUGGCUUGGGCAGUCACAAGAUAGCGUUUGAUUUUGAGAUGACGGUGACCAACAACAACUCUAUUUCUUUCAAGGGCUGCGUACUGCAAGUGUUUUUCUUUGUUUCGGCUGUUGUCUCUGAGGUGGCCCUGAUCACAGUGAUGUCCUAUGAUCGCUACGCUGCCAUCUGCCACCCCUUGCGUUAUGAGGCCGUCAUGAACAGAGGGGUUUGUGGGAAGAUGGCAGCCGCCUCCUGGCUUAGCGGGGGGCUCUCCGGCCUCAUGCACACGGCUGCCACCUUCUCUGAACCUUUCUCUGGGCCCAACAUAAUCCACCAGUUUUUCUCUACCUCGUAUGUCCGCAUCUUCUCAGCCGAGCUGAGGAUGCCGCCAGCAGAGGGCCGGUCCAAAGCUUUCUCCACCUGUCUGCCCCAUCUCAUCGUCGUGACUUUCUUCGUUUCCACGGGUGUUUCUGAAUAUCUGAUUCCAUCCUCCAAUUGUCCAUCAUGUCGAGACUUGCUUCUGUCCGUUUUCUAUUCCAUGGUGCCCCCGGAUCUGAACCCUGUCAUCUACAGCUUGAGGAAUCAGGAGGUCAAUCACCUGUCCUGA